CACAAAUUGCCAAUAACUUGCGUGAAAUUGGUGGAUUUUGAGGGUUGCGCUUCAGGAGGCGCUGCCGCAAGUGGUUCGUCCCUGCUCGUAACUGGUGGCAAGGACCGGUGCGUCAAGGUGUGGAGCGUAGCGGCGACGGGGAACAGCAGCGAGAAUUCUACCUCUGCCGCACACAUCAAACACCGCGACUAUAGUGCGUCGUCAGCAAUAACUGCCAGACCCGCUGAAGAGCAGCUGUUCACGAUUGAACGCAGUUCCUUGAAGGCCGAGGUCGUCGCUUUGGAUGUGCUGGUACAGCCAACCGACGAGUUUCUCACCACAGAAAACCUCAUCCACAUUGCCGUCGUUACCGCAGACAAGCAAGUUUCACUGUUCCACAGAUCCUCGGGCGUCGCGACCGGUGGGAAGCUUGAUCAUCCAGUGUUGAAGCAGAUCCAGCAACAGCUGUGGGCCGGUACUAGCGGAGGCUCUUUCGGAUCAUCGGCCUCGCCAACCAAAACACACCAGCAAAACAGCAUCAACACGCCGCUCAUGUCUGCGAGGGGGAGUGCAGCAACCGCGUCGAGUGGUCGUGGGACAACUACAACCGGGAAUUUGAACCGGCAGAGCGCAGCCUUAGACCAAGUGAUGCCCGUGGUUUGUUUUGUGAAAGGAACGAGUCCCCUCUCAACCGACCUCCUGCUUGUGAGCGUGACGCACUGCGAUUCGUCGCAUUCCUCGGUAG